GCCCCUAUGUCAAGCUGUUUGGAAGCCAUGAUCGCUGGGCAUGGACACCCAGCUUCAGCUUGGUACUCUCCUGGACCAUCACAAAGGGUCUGCAGAAAUAACCUUAGCUUGCCUCUUCUUGUGGUGUUCAGGCUGUUUGCUUAUUUCUGCUUAUCUGUUCAGGUGCUAGUUCUCUUUCUGGUGGAUUUUCAGACGAAUGUUUGGCAACAUCAGCCAGUUGUCAGAUUGUGUUCCUGUGAGUGUAUCUGAUAUGCCAGUGAUCGGACACUCUGCAUAACCGUCCUCUGGGCCCAUCUCUCCUCAGCCUCUGGGAAUCCUUGCUCUCCCUCAGGAGUCACCUCAAGCCCUCCCCACCCCUUUCCCUGUGGUCUUUCCUUGACUUUCUUCAGCCCUCCCCUCACUUAGGGCUUUUCCCUGCCAAGGUGACCCUGGGUCUGCUUUGUAUGGCUUUACAUAGAACUGCAUCAUUUUGGGUCCAUCCUCAAAGCCAAGGGCUCUCCUUUUCCUUUGUAUGUCUGCCCCCUGGCACAGUCUUUAGCAUGCUCCAUCUGUGUGCUACAGUUUGGGCAGAACUUUAGUAGUAAGUCACAGCUGACAUUUGUAUAGGGUUGGGAUGGCAUUGACAUUGGAUCAGAGAACUCAAGCUGGGAUAGACCUCAGAGGCACGAGGCUGACUCCCUUGAUGACAAAUGAGGAAACUGAGGUUCUGCCCGGAGCAGCAGGGCCACAGCAUUGCUGAAGCUGCCUCUGCGGGCCUCCCCCUUCCCAUCACUUGCCAUGUUUCCUGUGGGCAUGGGUGACAAUCUGCUGCUCCUGGGAUCCAUUCAGGGAGUUUCUGUAAUUCAGGAUGGAGGCUACCAAACUCCCUUCCUGGGCCAUUCGCCCCUCCCAGCUCCUUCUCCUGGACUUGUCACCUGAGGCUCUGGUGGGUCCUUUCCCUCUGCCCUGCUUGAGUGGGACUUUCCUGGCCUCACAAAUUUGCCCUUUUGUUGGGCCAUGGAAGUGGGGGGGCAUUCUGAACUUUCUCUGUACUUGUGGUCUUCCUUCAGCAGAAUUCUGGUGGGCUCCUUGAAAGCAGCGUUUUUGGUCUCUGUGCCCCCACAACCCGCUGGGACAGAGAAGGUGCUUACAACGUGUGUUGGCUUGAAAUAUCUCUGAUUUUCUCAACAAUCCUGCAAGGUGGUUCUCCUCUUACAGAUCGGGAAACAGAUCAGAGAAAGGAAACGAUUCCCCUCUCCCCCAGGGCCCUAUAGGAAGUGUCUGAAGUGGGACUGGAACCAACAUCUCUGGCCUGGAGCCCAACACUUUCUGUCUGCCCCGGAGGAGGUGACCCACGAGGGCAAAGUCGUUGGGAUCCGGGCCUGUGAGGAUGAGUGAAGGAGCCACCCCCAUUUAGCCCAGGGGAGAGAAGGGUCGGAGACAGCGGCUGUCAAGGAUCUGAGCUGUGGUCCUGGGAGAAGUAGGGGAGCCAGGAGCAAAGUGCGGGGGUGCAAUUUGCUGAGUUUCCCAUUUAGGAUUCACCUCCUCUGGGGUCCCCUCGCCCAGGAGAGCUUGGAGCAGAGAGGCUGGCUGGCUCCCUUCCCUGUGCUGGGGUUCCCUGGCAUGUGCGGGACAUCAUGAGUGACACCGUGGAGAGUUCAGAUGAUGAAUUCUUUGAUGCCAGAGAGGAUGUGACAGAAGGCAAGAGUUCUCUCCUCAUUGGCAUGAGUCAGUGGAACUCCAAUGACCUCGUGGAGCAGAUUGAGACAAUGGGGAAGCUGGAUGAGACUCCAGGAGACACGGGGUCUGGGCUCUGCACGUCCAGUGUCCUUCAGGAAAAGCAGCGAGAAUUAUAUCGAGUUUCUUUGAGAAGACAGAAAUUUCCAGCCCAAGGCAGCAUUGAGAUCCAUGAAGAUUCUGAGGGAGGCUCUCAGCAGCGGGCUUGUAGAACGCACGUCCUCCUCUUGGUGCUGCACGGAGGCAACAUCUUGGACACUGGCAAUGGUGACCCAGGCUGCAAGGCGGCUGACAUCCAUACCUUCAGCUCUGUGUUGGAGAAGGUGACCCGUGCCCACUUCCCCGCAGCUCUGGGCAGAGUCCUCACCCAGUUCGUGCCCUGCCCUGCCAUCUGCUCCCGGGCCUUCUCUCUCAUUUCCAACCUGAAUCCCUACAGCUACGAUGAGAAUUGGCUGAGCAGCAGUGAGGACCACAUCCCACUGGCUGCCCUGCCCCUGCUGGCCAUCUCCUCCCCCCAGUAUCAGGAUGCGGUCGCCAUGGUGAUCACCCGUGCCAACCAAGUCUACAGCGAGUUCCUCAAGUCUCCAGAUGGGAUCGGCUUCAGUGGGCAGGUAUGCCUCAUUGGUGACUGUGUGGGGGGCAUCUUGGGCUUUGAUGCCAUCUGCUACAGUGCCGGACCUGCAGGGGACAGUCUGAGCAGCAGUAGCAGGAAAGGAAGCAUUAGCAGCACCCAGGACAACCCUGUCUUGUGUGAAGAAGACUGCAGCCUCAGCGACACCACACGCCUCAGUAAAAGCAACAUUGACAUCUCCGGAACCUUGGAGGAUGACGAACCCAAGAUGUCUCUGCCUCGGAAACAGAGCGACUCAUCCACCUAUGACUGUGAUGCCAUAAGCCAGCAUCACACCUUCUUGUCCAGCAUUCACUCCAGCGUUCUGAAGGAGGGUGCCGAGCCCCCCGCGGCUGGGGCCCCCCAACUCUCCGAAGCCAACCUAAGCCGGUUUGACUUUGAUGUAUCAGAUUUUUUCCUCUUUGGCUCCCCGUUGGGCUUGGUGCUGGCUAUGAGGAGAACAGUCUUGCCUGGGCUGGAUGGCUUCCAGGUACGCCCUGCCUGCAACCAAGUCUACAGCUUCUUUCAUGCAGCUGACCCCUCUGCUUCAAGGCUGGAGCCCCUACUGGAGAAGAAUUUCCACUUACUUCCCCCAGUCAGCGUGCCACGCUACCAGAGGUUCCCUCUGGGUGACGGGCAGUCUCUGCUCCUAGAGGACACUCUGCAGGCCCACAGCUCCUUGUUCCUGGAGGGCGGCCUGGCCGACAACCCAUCAUCCCCAGAUGCCCCAGCCUUGGCCCUCCUGCCUCCCCAGGGCCAGACGCUGGAAAGGAGGUUCAGCGUGGACAGCUCCAACAGCGAGAGCUCAGCCUCCAGUGAGAGCCUGCCAUCGGCCAGCAUGACACACAUUACCACAAAGUGGUGGGGCACCAAGCGGCUGGACUAUGAGCUGUACUGUCCCGAUGUGCUCACAGCCUUCCCUACCGUGGCCCUUCCCCACCUCUUCCAUGCCAGCUACUGGGAGUCCACAGAUGUGGUGGCCUUCAUCUUGAGACAGGUGAUGCGUUAUGACAGCGCGGCUGUAAAGGAGAGUGAUGGGCUUGAUCCCUCCACAGUGAGUCCAUCCAACCCCAGAGAAAAAUGGCUACGAAAGCGGACCCAGGUCAAGCUGAGGAAUGUGACAGCCAAUCACCGUGCCAAUGAUGUGAUUGCUGCAGAAGAUGGCCCGCAGGUCCUGGUGGGCCGGUUCAUGUAUGGGCCUCUUGAUAUGGUGGCCCUCACAGGAGAAAAGGUAGACAUUUUCAUCAUGGCAGAGCCAUCCUCGGGGCGCUGGCUGCACUUGGACACAGAGAUUACCAGCAGUAGUGGUCGCAUCACCUACAGUGUGCCCAGGCCUAAGCGGCUCGGGGUGGGCGUCUAUCCCAUUAAAAUGGUGGUCAGGGGUGACCAGACCAUGGCCAUGAGCUACUUGACGGUGCUCCCCCGAGGCAUGGAAUGUGUCGUGUUCAGCAUCGACGGCUCCUUUGCGGCCAGCGUCUCCAUCAUGGGCAGUGACCCCAAGGUCAGGGCAGGAGCCGUGGACGUUGUCCGGCAUUGGCAGGACCUGGGCUAUCUGAUCCUCUACAUCACUGGGAGGCCAGACCUGCAGAAACAGCGGGUGGUGUCCUGGCUGUCUCAACACAACUUUCCCCAAGGCAUGAUUUUCUUCUCUGAUGGACUGGUGCAUGACCCCCUAAGGCAGAAGGCCAUCUUUCUGCGGAACCUUGUCCAGGAGUGUUUCAUCAAGGUCAGCGCUGCCUAUGGGUCCGUGAAAGACAUCUCAGUCUACAGUGCGCUGGGUCUGCCCCCUUCUCAGAUCUUCAUCGUGGGCCGCCCGGCCAAGAAGUACCAGCAGCAGUGCCAGUUCCUCAGUGAGGGCUAUGCAGCUCACCUGGCCUUGCUUGAGUCCAGCCACCGUGCCCGGCCCAAGAAGAACAAUUCCCGCGUGAUCCUGCGCAAGGGCAGCUUUGGCCUCCACUCUCAGCCAGAGUUCCUGAGGAAGAGGAACCACCUGCGCAGGACGAUGUCCGUCCAGCAGCCCGACCCACCCGUGGCCACCCCAAAGCCAGAGCGGGCCCAGAGUCAGCCCGAGUCGGACAAAGACCACGAGAGGCACCUCCCACCUGUGGGCUGGGCCCGUGGUGGCCCACACAAGUUUGAAUCGGUGCCCUAAAAUUGGGGAGCCACAGUUUGGGGCUGCCUUCCUGAGUGGGAGGCCUGCCUGGAGGACGAGGCGACGGAGGGGGGGUGGGUCAGGGGUCAGUCUGCCUUCCCCCAAACACAAGGAGUUCUUCUUUGUUCCCCUCCCUGUGUCUGUCCAGAAAUGCCCCCUAGAGAGGCUGUGACCCAAGCCUUGCAAGUGUGGGCACUCUCCGUGUCCUAUGACACUUGGGGCAUGUUUGUGAGGGUGGGAAGCCACCGUGGCCACUGCUCGUGGCUGUGAGGCACUGGUGGGCCUGGGAGCGGGAGGGACGUAGCAGGUGGCCAACACUCCCUGCUUGGCCGCCAGGGACUAACCAGCUCCCAGGGGAGGUCAACAUGGCUGGGCCUGGUCACAGCAGCGCCAGUUUUGGGCCAAGAGCUGUCCUUGUUCCCCACACUCUGGGUGUUUGUUACCCUAUGUGUAGGUUUGGGGACUUUCCCUGGCAGGUUAUGCAGGAGUGGGAAAGGCCUGUAGCUGGGGGUCAAGGCCAUUGUCAUCUGUCCCCUGAAGGGGAGCUGAGGUGACAGGGAAGAACCACAUGUCUGGGUCCAGCAUGUUUUCUGAUGGCCAACAGGGUCUGUUUUUCCAGGGGUCCAGUCCCCCACCCCCACCCACUGCUGGUGACAUGCCUCACCCUUCUCAUGGCAAGGUAUCAGGCUGCAGAGCCCCCAAACCCUCAAAGUAGCUGCUGCUUUGUACCCUGGGGCCUUCUCUGAAUGGUGGGUGGAGUCUUUGUCAACAUCUCCUACCAGGGGCUGGAGCUGAUGGUGCUGUCCCUUUCUGGGGGUGCUUAGGGGUCAUUUUAGAUUCCCUGAAGUCCCAGCAGUGUCCUGCUGUGGGAUCCCUCCACCCUGACCCUCUUGCACUUUGAGUGAGGAGCCUUGGGGUCCAGCCCCGGUUCUGUCACAGUUCCCUCAUCUGUGAAAUAAGGGCAUUUGACUUGAUAAUCUCUGGGAUUCACCCCAUUCUCUCCCACUCUGAUUAUGACAGAUGGCCUCUGGUCUUCCCUCCAGUUUGCACGUUUUGUGGAUGGUCCUUUGGUUCCCUAGUUCUGAUGCUCCUCCCCAUUCUCCCCUGACCUGCCAAGGCUCAGCACUACCCAUGGGUGGUGGUCAGUGUGGGAGUUGGCUUAGGACAGAGGGAAGGUUUGAAGAAAGCCAGGGAGAGUGAGAGGUGCCCUGGGCUUCCCAACCAUGUCCAGGGAGCCUGUCCCAUCUUGCUCUGGAAGGGGAACCGGGACCUGCCUGCCUGCCUUUGGCCACUUCCUGCCUGAUGCACACCCUGGCCCUGUGACCUGGUGUCUAAGCCUCUGGGGAUGCUCCUUGCAGGCUGCCCGAGCUGCCCCCUGGUUAGAGAGAGGGGUUUGGGGCAGGCUCUGUCUUCUCUCUCUCAUUUACUUAACCACCUGGUUUGCGGCUGGAGGGUCUCAGGGGCAUGUGUUGAACCCAAAGCUCUGGCCCCCAGCAGGCUCCCAAGCUGCUCUGCUGCCCUGCUCCACUCCUGCUGACCAUGGCUCCCAGCCUUCUCUUGUGUCUGCCUCCCUCGGCCUGGUCGGUUCCCUCCCGGUUGGCCACGAUCUCCUAGCUGCAGCCACUUGCGCAGCUGUUGCAGCCGUUUCCUUAGGUAUUUCUUGGAUCCAGAGCUGCUGGGGAAGCAGCCCCGGGCGGUUGGAAUGCCUGGCUUGCUUUGGCCUUGGUCUGGUAGGCACGGUGUUGCUUUUGUAUUCCGUCUACCUCUGUCAGCUGGGUGGCAGGCUGCGUUCCUGCCCACCUCUGUACUCUGAAUCACAGCAGCUGGCGAGCAGCAGUCAGUCAACAACCCUUUAUCAGUUAAGUGCUCACUGCUGCCCACCUGCAAGGUGCCCUCCUUGGCCAGGCAGGGAGACUUCUGCCCACAGCCACUUUGGUCUGCCGGGUUUCUUUUUUGUAGGUUGCCCCUGGCUGGGCCCUUCUCCCCUGGGGAAGGUUGGCAGGGGCUCCACACAGGGCCCAUUAGGAGGGCCCUGGCCAAGGCAGGAGUGCUGCCCUAAUUCUAUUCCCCAGCCUCACCCUGCCUUGGGCUCCCCUGAAUCCGGGGCUGUCCAGGGUCCUGCCUGCCUUGGUUCCUUCACUGAAUCUGUCCCUGCUCUGGCAGGUUUGACCUGACCCUGAGGGCUUCUGAUGCCAGGUGGAAGGCCUUCGGGUUCCUCCACUUCUUCUUGGAGGAUCCUCUGAGCUCAGUGCCAAGGGGUGGGGGAGAGGCCUUAAAGGAGGCCUGUUGGUCAGGGGUCACUCAGCAGAGCACAGCUCCUCGGGCCAGCUGCCUGGUCUUUGAGUUCUACCGCCUCAUCUUUCUGAGCAAAGCCUCACCCAUCUGGAGUUCAGGGUGCUGAGGACCCUACCGGCAAACUUCCCAUGUUCUGGGAGCCAAGUCAGGAUACUAACACUCCCCAGUGAGGGGGCCCCUCAGGCCUCAAAGCAGCCGCCUUCUGCAGCUGAGAUGGGGGUGUGUUUGUCCAUCAUCUGACUGGUUGGUCUGCUGUC